AAAUCCACAAUUAUAUGAGUUGUUAUAACUCUGCAUAAAUAUUUGGAUAAGGGAAAGGGCACACACCACAUAAAAUUCUACCCCAUCAUUUUUUUUUUAUUUUCUUCAUAUAAUCAACACACACACUCAUUCAAAGAAAAUAAAAAAAAAUCUACUGAAAUGGGUUGUGCAUCGUCUAAGCAAGUGAAAGGCAACGUUGUCUCCGACGUCUACAAACCAGCGCCGUCUAGUUUCGCCGUGUUUAACAUCAACUCCAUCGAAGAGCCAUGGCUCAAGUUCGAACAUGACAACGAUGACGAAAAACACACAAGCGCCGCCGCGCCAAUCGCCGUCGAGGAAGGUGACGACGACGCUCCUAAAACAUGGGACGAGGUCAUCAAAUCUCUCGAAACACACCUUAAACCAGCCGAUGUUAAACCGACCGAAGCCGUCGUCACCGUCGAGCCUCCGGCGACUCCUCCGCGACGGCUUCCGAGGAAGAGCGCAUCGUUCCACACACUGGACGAGUUAGAGACGAAGGCGAGGAAACAAAUCGCCGCGCAGAACCCGACAACGACCGUGAAGCUAAAAAAAACAGAGUCCAUGUCGGAGUUAAGACAAGGGACAGAGUCGGCUCCGACUCAGUCCCACUCAGGUGGACCACGGUCGGUGAAGGAGAACAUAUUCGUGCUGAGAGACAGGGAGCGGAGGGAGAAAGAAGGGAACAAGAAACCGGUUAUGAACUGGGACCCACUCAGGGAGUUUCCUGAGAAGUGUCCUCCCGGAGGAGGGGACGGGUUGGUGGUGUACACGACGUCGUUGCAAGGGGUGCGUCGGACUUACGAGGAUUGUAUGCGCGUGAGGGCGAUCAUGGAGCAGCAAGGGGUUGUGGUUGACGAGAGGGACGUGUCUUUAGACGCUGGAGUGUUGAGCGAGCUCAAGGAGCUUCUCCAGGAGGAAGCGACUGUGGCGCCGCCGAGAGUGUUUGUGAAGGGGAGGUAUUUGGGAGGAGCGGCGGAGGUGACGGUGAUGAACGAGAACGGGAAGUUGGGGAGAGUGUUGAGGUGGGCACGUGUGGAGAGAGUAGGGGAGGAAGGGAGGGUGACGUGUGAAGGGUGUGGAGGAGCGAGGUGGGUUCCUUGUUUGGAGUGUGGGGGGAGCUGUAAGGUUGCGGCGAAGGGAGAAGGUUGGGAAAAGUGUUUCAAGUGUAAUGAGAAUGGAUUGAUACGUUGCCCUGUUUGUUUUGUUAAUUAAAAGAAGAUGAAUACACAAGAUGAAUAAUAAAAUGAAUACUCCUAUUUUGUAAUGUGACAAGGCUUGAUGAUUUCUUAUAGUGUUUGAAAACUAAGGCUAUACAAUGCACGCAUGAGAAUCAUUCUAAUACUAGCUUGCAAGGUCAGUCAUUUGUAUCUAUUUUUUAAUGGUUAUGAUCUUUACUAUAUCAAGGUGCC